UCUUUGUCCAGAUCAAUGACAGAUUGCAGAAACUGAGGAGAAUCCGCCUCACCUGUCCUCGCCCCAUGUGGAUGUUUAGCACGGGAGGAGGGGCAGCAUGGCGUGUUGCCGUGAAGUAUCAAUUUUUGAUGCAAUUGUGACUCAGCAAAAGUGCCUUUCAAAAGUCGAAUGUCCACUGCAAGAUCUGUGUGUGUAUGAAUCUGUUUGCGUUGGAUGUUAUUAUUUCAAAUGAGUUGUUAAAAAAGCUCUUUCAGGAACGAUGGACGCUGUGUUUUUCGGGGUUGUCGUACUUCAAGUUUUGUCGUGUGCUCAGUCGUUUCCAAACGGGGCUCCAGCUUCAGCAUGUGCGGAUAUGAUCCCUCGGCAUGGAGCGAUACAGCCCCAGCCGAACCCUGCUCCAUACACCAUCCAGACCAGCAGCACCACCCUACAGCCCGGAAACCCCAUCACAGUUGUAAUCAAAGGUCCGGACUAUGCCGGCGUUCUCCUCGAGGCUUGCUCUGGAUCCGACACAACGGCAUUAGGAACCUGGCAGACUCCUCCAAGUAACACUAAGUUCUUAGAGUGUUCAGGAAACCCACAAGGUGCCAUCACCCAUGCCAACACCCUCAUCAAAAACAACUCCACCGUCUAUACCUGGACUCCACCAGCUACUGCAAAGAGCAUCUUCUUCAUGGCCACCGUAGCCCAGCAGCGCAGUGUGUUCUGGGUAAAUGUGAAGUCUCCGACUCUGACCCAAAGUGGAGGAACAUCGCUUGAUGUGAACAAUAGUGCUGAAAGAACUGCCACCCCCGUCCUGAUGCUUCUUGUUGUUCUGAUGUUAAUAGAUCCUGGCCUUAAUUCUGUUUUGCAACCCUCUUCUGACAGAAGAACAGAUGGAUAUGCAUCUAGCAGCAGUAGAUCCUCCUCACUCAGGGGGAUCGUCCCCUUGAGGAACACGUGAGAUCACAUGUCACCCAGAUGACUACAUCCAAAUAUUUUUCCAUGCUGGAUUAAAUGCACAUAGAAAAUCUCCUCUGCUUGGGCUGGUCCUCCAGGGACCCUCUGUGUGUACAUGGAGUGCAGGACUUCAGCUAAAUGGAUCCCAUUCACAGUGUUGAUCUCAACAUCCCCAAAUCUGUCCUGGAUGUCCUUAUAGAGACCUCCCCGUGUCCCUGGCCCUCGUCAUGCUCAGCAUAGACCCUGAAUCAGUGUAUAUGCGCUUGUGUGACAGAGGCCCAGGCCGUCCUGGAGCCAGAACUGCAGUCCUGUCUGUACUGGAUGUAAUGCUGUUACCUCGUAGCUUGGAAUGACGUCACACCCGAGUUGACUGCGUUCCAAUAAAGGGGGUUUGUGUUCAGUUUCAUCCUGUGUUUAGUCCCUGUGUUUUCAACUUUGCCCAUCGUUAUUGAUUUUGAUUAAAAAUUAUGAGGGCGUGUGAAUAAAAAAAAUUAUAAUGUGCACUGAUAAUUCAUUUAUAAUAAAUACUGCAUUAUUCCAUAAAAAAUGGAAGUGCAAAUUUUGAAUUCAUGGUAACUGCAUGAAACAGGAAACUCAUGAAUAUUCAUGUUUGCUCCACAUGUUGCAACCAAAUAUCUCAGAUAUUUUACACCUCUAACACAGAACAUCUCUCCUUACAUCUAACAAUAAA